AUGAAGAUCCACUUGUCCUCUGAUGAGAUAAAUCUCCUUGUGUAUAGAUAUUUGAUUGAAAAUGGUUUUGUACAUACUGGAUUUUGUUUUAAUACAGAAGCUAAUAUACCAAAAAAUCCCUUAUUGUCAUCCCAAAUUGAUAAAAUACCACCAAAUGCUCUGAUUGCACUUCUUCAGAAGGCUUUACUUUAUAUAUAUUUGGAAUAUCAUACAGCUGAUGAAUCAGGUGAAGAGAUUCGAUGUGAAGAACCUUUCUCACUUUUUAAGAAACACGAGUGUUGGUGUAGACCUUUAGAACAAGAGAGUGAUAUAAUUAGUGCAUCACCAUCAGCUGCAGAUUAUAAAGAUAUUGAACUUCUUUCUAUUAAUGAAGAUAUAGAUUCACCACUAAAUAACAAGAACUCGCCACAAGCACCCCCUAAUAAGAAGGGUAGAAGAAAUACCAAAAUUUCAGAAAUAAAUACAAGAAGUGAGAAGAAUUUGUCAGAAAUAGAUCAAUCACAUAAUGAGGUAUCAAGAACAGAAGAUUUAAAUUUUGAUAUUGAUAAUGGAGAUACUUCUCAUACAAAUAAUGAACAAGAUAAUGGUAAUAGUAUGAAAGGAACUUGUGAAGAUUCUAUUCAUAGGGACACUAAUACAGAUACUUAUAAUAUGGAAUAUUUUAGUGAUAGGAUAUCAAAUACUUUAGAUGAGAGUGAAGAUUUUAAUAAUGAAUGUAUAGAUUCUUUUAAAAUUCAAAAAUAUGUAAAAAGUGGACAAUAUUUGGAACCAAAUAUAGUUUCUACAAUUGAUAUAGAUAAGUCAAAUGGUGAGCUAAAAACUCAAAAUGAGGCUAAUACACAUUUACCUAUUAAUAAAGAUAAUUUGGAUAUUAUUAAGAGUGAUACUUGUAAUAAAGAAAUAGUUUUAAUUAAUGUUAAUACAGAAUUACCACUUAAUAACAAUAUAUGUAUCAAAUAUAAAGAUGACAUUAAUUAUAAAGUGAAGGAUGAUAAUUCCAACAAUAUGAUAGGUGUAAUUUUAAGCAAUAACACUUCUUUAGUAGAAAAGUCAUCUAAUAUUUGCCCCCUAUCAGAUGUACCUCAUUGUAAAUUGACUAGGGGUAAUAACAAAAAUAUAAUAAGGGAGGUACAAUUUAGCAAAGAUCCUAAUGAUUCUGAUAAAUUAGUUAUUACAUGGGAAGAAAGAUGUCCGGAAUUAUGGGAUCUUUCAAAUAUAGAUAAUUAUAUUACAACUAAAUCUAUGGAUAACUCUGCAAUAUUAUUAUCUGUAUAUAAAAAUUGUGAUGAUAUAGCAGGAACUGUAGUAUCAAUGCACUAUGAAUAUUUUGCAAUUGGUUAUGAGAAUGGUGGUGUUGCUAUAUUUUCAUAUCUUGGUAAACACUUGUUUGAUAUACUUCCAAACAAUGAACAAUCACCAAUUAUAUCUCUCCAGCUAAGUAUAUCUGGAACAUUUUUAGCUAUUGGGGAUGCAACUGGAUUAAUUCGAAUAGCUGAAAUUAAAAAAAAUCAUUUAGAAAAUACUAUUAAUACACAAAUUAUAUUUCAAUAUCGUCACAAAUCAGCUGUAUUUGGAUUAUGUUGGUGUUAUGAUGAUAGAUAUUUACUAUCAGGAUGCCUAAACAAAGAUAUAACGCUCUGCAACUUAAAUUCAAAAACUGUAAAGGUAUAUUCUCAAAAAGGACAAAUAUUAUCAUUAAAACAAACAUGUGGUAAUCAAAUACUUUGUAUAAUGGAUGGUAUAUCUGAUGUUCCUAUAUUUGAAAUAGUUAAUUCAGAAGAUCAACCAAAUUUACAAUGUCUAUUUACACUUGAACUAACACAUUCUAAUAUUGGAACUGAUCAUAUUAUACCUUCUUUAAUUGUAUUUGCUGAAUGUUGCACUAUAGAUAACCAAAAUAUAUAUAUUGUAGCUACAUUAUCAACAAUUUAUUCAUUUGAUUCAUGUGGUAGAAUCUUAUACUCACAAGUGAUUGUUGAACAAAAUGAAAAUAUUACAAUCGUAUCCAUUAUUAUAUCUAAAGAUAGAUACCUUAUUUAUACAGGAACAAAUGAUGGCUGUAUUAUAUGUUUAACAUUACCAGAUUUAAAAAUUAAAACUAAAAUGAUUGAAAAUACUGAAUGUGAAAAUACACAAGCAGGAGUUGGUACAAUACGUACUAAUCUAACUGGAACUCUACUUUUUCAUGGUACUUUUCAAGGACCUGUUACUUAUUUUUUAAAUAAUUUAAUUAAAUAA